AUGGAUUUAGUUACUAUUUUAACCAAUGCUCGUGAUCAUGAUGAAGCAAAACGUAGAGAUGCUGAAGAGAGAUUAGCUGCUGCAUCUCAAAAAGAUUUUGGUGGAUUUCUUCACGCUUUGGCCCUCGAAUUGGCUAAUAACGACCGUCAAGCAACUCUCAGACAAUUGGCUGGUAUCAUUUUAAAGAAUUCUAUAUACUCUAAUGAUGCAAAUAGAUAUGAAGUAUGCCAAAAGCAAUGGAUUGCAGUUCCUGAAAAUACCAAAAAUGAAGUUAGAGUUUUGUUAACCAACACAUUACACUCACAAACCUAUGAAUCACGUCAUACUGCAGCUCAAGUCAUUGCAAAGCUUGCUUUGAUUGAUCUCCCAACUGGAUCAUGGCAAAAUCUUGUUCCAUCUUUGAUUGAAAAUUUAACCAAUCAAACAUCAUCUGAAUUCACCAAACAAUCAUCACUCCAAACUAUUGGUUAUAUUUGUGAAGAAAUUAACCCAGAUAUUAUGCAAGGUUUUUCCGAUCAAAUUUUGACAGUUAUUAUCCAUGGAAUGAGAGACGCAUCAAAUUUGGUAAAGCAUUCUGCCACUGAUGCCUUGUACAAUGCUUUGGAAUUUGUCAGACACAACUUUGAAAAAAAGGAAGAAAGAGAUUACAUCAUGAAGACUAUCUUUGAAACCUGUGGUUCUACCGAACCAACCAUCAAGAGAUUGGCUUUUGAAAACCUUGUAAAGAUUGUUCCAUUGUAUUAUGGUUACAUUUUCGAAUAUAUGGGUGAUAUUUAUAAUAUUACUGUAAAUGCAAUUCAAACUGAACCAAAUGAAGGAGUUGUAUUACAAGCUAUUGAAUUUUGGACUACACUUUGUGAAGAGGAAUACAACUUGUCAGAGGAUGAUCUCUCCAAGGAGGUUAUGUCAAAGGCACUUGCUCCAUUUAUUCCAGUGAUUGUUCAAACAUUGCUCAAGCAAGACGAAGACCAAACCGACUCGUGGAACGUUUGUAUGGCUGGUGCCACCUGUAUCACAUAUAUUGCAUUGAAUGUCACUGAUAGCAUUCUCGAGCCAAUCGUGCCAUUUAUCAGCCAAAACCUCGCCUCGCAAGAGUGGAGAUUGGCCGAGGCUGCCUGUGUCGCCCUCGGUUCGAUCCUCGAAGGUCCAACCGCCGUCGAGUUUCAACGUUUCCUUGCCAACACCAUCCCAACACUCAUUGAACACGCCACCAAGAACCCAAACUCGAUGGUCAGAGACUCGGCCAGUUGGACAUUGGCAAGAAUGUGUGCCCAUCAAAUCGAAGCGGUAGCGGAUCAACUCGACAUUGUCUUGCAAGCUUUGGUCAACGGUACCAAGGACCCAUUGCCCAAGGUUGCUGCCCACGCCUGUUGGGGUAUCCACAAUAUCUGCCAAGCCUUUGAAAUUGGCUCGGUCGGUCAAUACAGCUCGCUCAACAAGUUGUUCCCACAUAUUGCUCAAGCUCUCUAUGUCGCCGCUCACCGUGCCGACGACGAAGAUUCGCUCCGUGUCAAUGCCUAUGAAGCUCUCAACAGUCUCAUCUCGUUCUCCAACGCCGACGACAACCUCAUCGUCGAAGUGUUGAAUUUUAUCUUGGUCGACUUUGAAAAGACCUUUACCAUGGAAGGUGACCAAGACGAGAGAAAGCAAACCCAAGCACUUAUCUGCAGUACCCUCCAAACCAUCUCGACCGUGCUCAAGGACAAGAUCAAACCACAAGUACAAAGAAUGUUGUACUUGUUGUUUAACGUAUUCAAGACCCAAUCCCAUAUUAUCUACGAAGAAGCUCUCUUGGCCAUUGGCUCUGUCAUUCACGCCAUCGAAGGUGACUUUAAGCCAUACCUACAAGCCUUCCUCCCCAUCCUCACAGAGUGUCUCAGAAACGUCGAGUUUGGUGAAGUCUCGAAUAUUUCAAUCGGUAUCGUCUCUGAUAUCACCCGUGCCUUGAACAAGGAAUUCACUCCAUUGGCCUCUAGCAUCAUUCCAUUGAUCAUCCAAGAUUUGAUCGAUCCAAAGAUCUCUAUGAAUGCCAAACCAAACGCUCUCAGCUGUCUUGGUGAUAUUGCCCUUGCCAUUGGUUCUGAUUUCAUUCAAUAUUUACCAAAUGUUAUGCCAAUUCUUGAACAAGCUACUACUGUACCAAUAGAAGAUGAAGAAUAUUUAAAUAGUUUAAGAAAUUCAAUUUUUGAUGCUUAUAUUGGUAUUAUUCAUGGUUUGAAAUCUGAAAAUGCUAGUGACAAAUUUACUCCAUACGUUACAGCAGUUUUACAAUUUGUAUCUAUUGUCUAUGCUGAAAAGGACAGAACCUCUUACCAAGUUAUUGGUGCCGCCAUUGGUUUAUUAGGUGAUCUUGCUCAAUCAUUGGGUGACCAAGUAAAGGCUAUUUUGAGACACGAUAUUGUCAAUAAUCUCAUCCAAUUGGGUUCCUCUCAAGAUGGUAACAGAGAAGUUGCUGAAUGGGCUAGAGAAGUCAUCUUUAAAUAA